AUGUGCGAGAAGAACGCCAAGAUGGCAACAGAAGAAGGAGAGACCGAUCUUGCUCAUGCGUGGAACUUAGCUGCAUUAACGGCACGUUCCUUACGAGCGCGAGUUUCUGAUCAUCUCGCUUCUAGUGAAGAGAGCAUGGGCUGGGUUGGCCACCCGCUGUGCUGUAACUUAUUGCAGUCUUUAAUAUCUCAUUAUGCCAAAGCAUCGAAUCUCCAGAUGGCAGCAAUGCUUGCUUGUGCCUUUUCUGUCUUCAACAACACAAGUAAUUCAAGCUCACAAUCGUCGAUCAGCAUCUCCAGCUAUGGUAAUGGAACAUCACCGUACAGCACAGUGAAUCAAUACAGCGAAAUAAGUGCAGACGGAUGGACGCCCGUUGAUGCAGCUGUAUUUCGUAGUAACUCCUGUUCGGAAGCAGAGAACUUUUACACAGAUUCAACCGUCUCGAAAUCUGAACGAGCUUCAUCAUGCGUGCUAGACGAAGCUACUGUGCAUCUCUAUCACUGCUUCAAGAGAGUGUAUGCUGAUAUCUUACACCGGUGGCAGCUAAUUUACAAGAAAACCGAGGUGAUGAAGCUGGUGCGCGGCGCUGGCUGUGGGCGCUGGCUGGGCGCGGAGCUGGCGGCGGAGUGCGCGCGCUGCGGCGGGCUGGCGCGCGGCCCGGCGUGCGGCGCGUGCGGCCGCGCGGCGCUGCGCUGCUGCGUGUGCGCGCGCCCCGUGAGGGGGCUCGCCGCCGCCUGCCACUACUGCGCGCACGCCGGACACGCCAUGCACAUGCUUCAGUGGUUCUCUCAGCACGACACGUGUCCCACAGGUUGUGGCUGCAAGUGUAUAAUUGAAGGUAACUCCGUUUGGAAAGGCGUUAAAUAUGUUUGA